AUGAGUAUUACCAUUCAUGAUAAAUGGGCGAUCGCAGCCAUCAUUGUAAUCCUUUCAGUUUACUCUAUAUUCAUAUUUUUCUUUUCAGUUGAAUAUUUGAGAGCGUAUCGGAAGUCUAAAUAUUAUCAAAAAACCUCAAACCGUGGAAACACUAACAAUGUUUGCGACAAUAUAUAUCUAUCGAUCCGAAGUGUUUACGGCUACCUAGUUACCCACAAGUUGUUUUUAAACUUUCUUUUAUAUGUGAUUUUUAUUUUGGCUUCUAUUCCUUUUGUUGGGUUACAAACAAGAAACGUGAUAUGUCCAAAAGACUGGAAUUUAGUCGGCAUAGCCGCUCGACUGGGAUUUCUGGCAUCAGGUUUAUUUUUCAUAUCAUUCUUUUUCAGCUUAAAGAAUAAUCCUUUUACCUUAAUGCUUUUUUCCUCUCAUGAAAAGAUGAAUUAUCUGCAUCGACAAUUGUCUAUUAUCGCUCUCUUUAUCGGCAUAAUCCAUGGUUUUUGUUUUGUAUUAUGGUCAGCUCAAAACCACAAGUCUUUACUUACAGAUAGGAUUACUUUAUACGGAUAUGCGAUUGGGUGCUUAAUUAUCACUAUCUUUGUUAGCAGUCUUCCUUAUUAUAGAAAGCGAUAUUAUGAGGUUUUUUUUGCUAUCCAUCAUUUAUGCAGCGCGGGCUUCUUAAUUUUGAUUUGGAAACAUCACCCAACGUCAAUCAAAUACAUGAAAAUCUGUAUGUUUAUGUACCUGUUUGACCGAUGCUGUCGAAUUUUUCGUAGCAUAUUGAAUCGGUGUCAAUUUCAUUGUUCUAUACUAGAUGAUGAUUUAAUCUACAUGAAAGCGCGAAAACCAAAACACUCUUUUUUCUCCUUACCUUGGGCCGCUGGAAAUCAUAUAUAUGUCAACAUCCCUUUUUUAAGUUACUGGCAAGUACAUCCUUUUACCAUGCUCAAUGUCCCUACAGAUGAUUGUAUCGAGCUUAUUGUGGUUGUUCGUUCAGGUUUUACUAAACGCUUGGAUGAUUAUCUUCGAUCGAACAACCCUGUUGGACACGAACCUCGCCAGGAUCGUUUGCUUCUACCGAUCAACAAAUUCCAAAACUAUUCUACAAUAAUCGAGCAAGCAAAUGAAACCAGUACGGAACUCACUGUUCCGUCACCGAUAAACAAUUUCCUUAUGUGUUUUAAUGUUUUGGUCGACGGGCCUUAUGGACCGAUUAGCAAUCCUUGUACAAUAUAUUCUUAUGUUCUGCUAAUAUCUGGAGGCGUUGGUGUAUCAUAUACUAUGCCAAUCUUAAGAGACUUACUGAUUCGAAAAUCAAAAGUGAUAUCGAUUGAAUUUGUUUGGACUUGUCGUUCGCCUAAAUUAUUGAAACUCCUAUAUAAGAUAUUUGAAUACUCUUUGCAUCAAAGCCAUAUCAAAUUGAAAAUAAUCUGUCACUUAACAUCUAGCAUUCCUUAUCAUGAGGUUUUAGCAUUACCCUCGAAACAAAUUGGUCACUCCAGGAUCGAAAUUGUUGACGGAAGACCCGAUUUUAACUGGACCAUUAAGAGGUUUGCAGAAGAAGCAAAAGAUCAGACAUCUUCCUUGGCUGCAUGCGGGUCAAAUACCUUAUUAAGAACAUUAAAAAAUUGUGUCACUGCCAACACAUCCUCGACAAGUGAUUUAUUUCAGCAUUAUGAAGAGUUAUAG